ACGUCAGCACACACCCUCCUGCUCUGACAGCUCGGUUGAAAGCCGCUCGGCAGGGAGGCUGAGGCGGAUUUUUCCACUACAGCGCAGCACUUGGUCAGCUGUCUGAGGUGUUGUAGCUUUGUCUCUGUUCCUCAUUUUAUCGAACAUAUUUUUCAUAUCCUUUUGGGAAAGUGUAGAUUUGGAUCCGGAGGACACAGAGGGAAAUCUGCACAGCUGAGCAGACACUGAGCGAGCUAGUUCCUGUUAGCUGGUGCAUCAGUUAUAUUUGUGAAGAAUAAUAAUUCAGAUUAAAGGCUGCUACAGGCUGAAGAUUGCUGUGGAGGACGAUGAUGGACUUCGUUGCUGGCUGUUUGGGAGGUGCUGCUGGGGUUCUAGUAGGACAUCCUUUCGACACUGUAAAGGUCAGACUUCAAGUCCAAAAUGCACACAAGCCUCUGUACCGGGGAACCUUUCACUGUUUCCAGUCCAUCGUACGGCAAGAAUCAGUUUUUGGUUUGUACAAAGGCAUCGGUUCUCCUAUGAUGGGCCUAACUUUCAUCAACGCCAUCGUCUUUGGUGUGCAAGGCAACACUAUGCGUCUGCUGGAACGAGACACUCCCACAAACCAGUUCCUAGCAGGAGCAGCUGCUGGAACCAUCCAGUGUGUUAUCUGUUGUCCAAUGGAACUGGCCAAGACGCGCAUGCAGAUGCAAGGUACUGGUGAAAAGAAGUCGUCGACUCGUAAGGUGUACAAAAACUCAUUGGACUGCCUGGCCCGGAUAUACAAUCGUGAGGGUGUGCGUGGCAUCAACAGGGGCAUGGUGUCCACUCUCAUCCGUGAGACGCCUGCUUUUGGAGUGUACUUCCUGGUCUAUGAUGUUCUAACGCGCUCACUAGGCUGUGAGCCACACGACUCGUACAUGAUCCCUAAACUGAUGUUUGCUGGUGGUAUGUCGGGCAUCGCCUCAUGGCUUUCUACAUAUCCUAUGGAUGUGAUUAAGUCUCGGCUACAAGCAGAUGGUGUCGGAGGCAAGUUCGCAUACAGUGGCAUCAUGGAUUGUACACGCAAGAGCUUAAAGCAAGAGGGAUGGCGUGUAUUCACGAGGGGUCUCACCUCAACUCUGCUGCGCGCUUUUCCCGUCAACGCAGCUACUUUCGCUACUGUAACGCUCUUCCUCAUGUACGUACGGCGAGAGGAGGCGCCAAAAGAUUGCGAAGCCGACCCGCAGCACCAUGCUGCAUUACAACAGCAAGCGCAGCCUACCAGCAUGUAAUGGCCUCGCAUUUUCAGUGUAUGCACUAGUGCUGAGCCACAUCGUUCCUCUUUUGGUGGAUUAUCCCACCCACUCCGACUUUUAAUAAUACUGUCAAUAAACCAUUGUCUAUUUUAUUUUUUUAAACACUGUAUAAGUACUGCUACUGAUGCUGAUAUUGCACAAAGCAACAAAGAGGCAGCAACUACUGUAGUGAAAACCUCCACCACAUCCUGUUACUGAACACAUUACCAUCAAUGGUAAUGAAUUGAAAUGUAAAAACUACUUCUUGAGGUAAAGUAGUUCAUAAACAAAUGUGAAAUAGAGAUGGAAAAGUGCACUUUAGGGUAUAUCCUUAGUUGUGAAAUCUGACAGAAACAUGUUUUUAAGUUACAAGUAUAGAACAUAGGCUUGUUUAAAAAAAAAAAAAGUGAUGUCUCCUUUGCCUAGUGUAAAACUGCUAAUAAAUUUCCUAAAACAGCAUUCUACAUUUUGUAUUUAGUCUAGAACUCAUGCUGUUUUAAAUACGUCUGGAUGAUCAUUUAAAAAAAAUAACGUUAGAUUGGUUAGAAUCUAUGUCUACCUGAGCUGGUAAUUCAGGUAGCUCGUCCUAUACUGCAGUAAUAAACUUGUAGAAAAGUUGAAACUCCUCCUUCAUGAACCAAGUUCUUUGAUUUGAUGCAUGUGAAAGAAUUGUAAAAUUUAAUAAUCAAUAUCUUUUCCAAGUUGCACAGAUUGUCUUACGGAAGCCUCGAGAGGCCCUUCAUAUAAUCUUUUUUUUAUUCACCUUGUUAUCCCGAGAUAACGACAUAAUUAAUUCAGGAUGUCGAGAAAACAACACAACUAAUUCGAGAUCUCGAGAAAACAAAACCGUUAUUCUGAGAUAACGACAUAAUUAAUUCAGGAUGUCGAGAAAACAACACAACUAAUUCGAGAUCUCGAGAAAACAAAACCGUUAUUCCGAGAUAACGACAUAAUUAAUUCAGGAUGUCGAGAAAACAACACAAGUAAUUCGAGAUCUCGAGAAAACAAAACCGUUAUUCCGAGAUAACGACAUAAUUAAUUCAGGACGUCGAGAAAACAACACAACUAAUUCGAGAUCUCGAGAAAACAAAACCGUUAUUCCGAGAUAACGACAUAAUUAAUUCAGGACGUCGAGAAAACAACACAACUAAUUCGAGAUCUCGAGAAAACAAAACCGUUAUUCCGAGAUAACGACAUAAUUAAUUCAGGACGUCGAGAAAACAACACAACUAAUUCGAGAUCUCGAGAAAACAAAACCGUUAUUCCGAGAUAACGACAUAAUUAAUUCAGGACGUCGAGAAAACAACACAACUAAUUCGAGAUCUCGAGAAAACAAAACCGUUAUUCCGAGAUAACGACAUAAUUAAUUCAGGAUGUCGAGAAAACAACACAACUAAUUCGAGAUCUCAAGAAAACAAAACAAUUAUCCCGUGAUCUUGAGAAAACAAGACAAUUAUUCUGUGAUCUCGAAAAAAACAAAACAAUUAUUUCAUGAUCUCGAGAAAACAGCUGAGAUUUCUAGCAGAGCUGCGCCCCCUGUGGGUCAGACAACGAAGACUUAGAAAUUGGCGGGCCAGUCUUCUGCAGAGGUGCCGCGGACUAAUUUUGAAAUGAUCCCUUAUUAAAAGACUUAAUGCAAUCUCUCCCUGUGUCAACCCCUGAUCAAAAUAUUGCCUUAUUAGGUGAUCGAUUAUUCCAGACAUUCUAAUGACCAAAGUUGCAUCUAUACAGAAUGAGAAAUAGCCCCAAAGUCAGCAUAUCACAAGUCUCUUGGCGCACCUGAAUGAACCAUUUCUCAGCUGUUUUCUCGAGAUCCUGAAUUAAUUAUGUCGUUAUCUCGGGAUAACAAGGUGAAUAAAAAAAGGAUUAUAUGAAGGGCCUCUCGGGGCUUCCGUACUGUCUUAACUCUUCAAGACGGAGGUUUUUUUUAAUAGUCUCUAGUACUAUUUGUGCUUGUUAAAAUGUCCGAUCUUAUCUCUUUUUAGAUAACCAUGGUCACUGUGGGAACAGCAUGUGAGUUUUCAAUCAGUACAACAUUACGAUGCUCUGUGUUCAAAGAAAAUGUUGUGUCCGCUCUGAAAACUAAGCAUUCUGUUUGUCUCAGUGCUACUGUGGUGGUGAUUUCUAUCAAUCAUUUUGUGUCCAUAACAACGCCUCUCCAAAGCUGUUGGAACCGUCUGCAUGAGUCAGUGGGAUUUGUAAGAUCGGAUCUUGAUCAAGGCAACCUUUGAUUUUCUGUUGACAUUGUUUGUACUUCUAUUUAAACCCAGUUAUGGCGGUUAGUGGAACAUGUGCGAUGGUGGGUUAUCAACAGAGUUGACUGUUAAGUGUAAACUCAUUGUCAUUACUUGUAUGCUGUACUUCCUGUACAAAUUAUGUAUUCCAUUAAAACUUGAGCUUUAAAACGUGA